AUUCGAGAGACCUUCGGAAAGAUCAUCACCGAGCCCGAAAUUCGGGCUUUUGAAGCAAUUGCCAAGUACUACUUUAAACAAACUCGACAGCGAUAUCUUCCUGAGUACUGGGUGCCCAUCCAGUGGGCGGUUCGAUUGGUCCAAAAAGCCGGUCUCCAUGGUAACAUGCCUGAUCCGCGUAUGAUUGGUUAUAUGUUCAAGGAAAUUGGCAUUUUCCGUGAUAGAUUGCAACAUUUGGAAAUUUAUAGCAGUUUAAUGAUGCCUCUCGUCUAUACACAAGUGAGUUUCAAGAACACAGGGUUAUUUCAUUUCCUAUCAAUAUUAACCGGACUAAUUUGUUUUUUUCUUAAAUUAUUUUCAUUUUUUAUAAUAUUAUGA